GCUCGUUUUAUGGAAAAGGGCGGGAAAUAGUCUACCUUUCCAAAUCGUGUUCGACAAGACUCAAUUCUGAAGAUACCAACGCCAAUACACAAAACCUUCCUCCUAAAUUUGUAUUUCUCCGAAGAACCCUAAUUUCCGAAAAUGGAACCCGAAUCAGAAGCAAGACAUUCAUGCUUGAAGCUUGAAUUAACACAAGACAACUCUGAAUCUGAUUCUUUUCCCAAACAAACUAUUUUUGUUAUGGGAACUUGGUUUCCUUCUCGAUUUUCUCUCUCCAUUACCGACGGCCUUGAUUCUUGGCUCUGCAAUGCUUCAGAAGAAGAUGUGAGAGAAAGAGCUAGCCAAUGGGAUCAAUCUGUUUCGGAAUACAUUGAUUUUGCAGAAAAGUAUUUAGGGUUUCAACAGCCUCAUUCUGUCUAUCGUUUUUCUGAUGCUGGAAAUGGCUUUAGAAGGUUGUCAUGGACAUUUGAGAAGGAAGGGAUUACCCUGGAAUGGAGAUGGAGAUGUAAGCCGUCGCCGGACAAUCGGAAGACAACAGCAACCAUAUUGGACUUUCUCAUGGAUGCUAACAUAAGAUUAAGUGAAGAAGUUGUCAGAAAGACUCAGUCAUUUGACCGGCUGAAAGAAGAAGCUCAGAAAUGUUUGGUACAAAGUGAAAAGUUGAGCGCUGAGAAAGAUGAGUUUGAAACAGAAGUGUAUGCAAAGUUUGUGAGUGUGCUAAACUCAAAGAAGGCAAAAUUGAGAGAGCUUCGUGAUCGACUUUCAAAACAAGAAGCGAAAGGAAAGCUGCCACAGGAAGAAGAUGCCUCUACUGAUGGAACUGAACCAUAUCGAACUGAGUCUGAUGAUGAUAUGCAUAGUGAAGAAUAAUCCCAAGAUGCUUUACCGAGUUAACUUUGUGGCAGAAAGACGAGUACAUGCAACUAGGUAUGCUGUUUGGCUCUGUUAUUUCCAGGGGAUGUUGUUUGACUGCAAACUCUUUAGGCUGGAUUCUUAGUCUGAUGUUUAUCCAUAGCAGAAGUGCUGCCCAAAUGGUUAUGCAGAGAUGCUGUACAAGUUAGUAGGUAGUGGUAAUUAGGGAUCACAAGUUCACCUGAUGUGGAAUUGAUUGUAAAUUUGUAAUCGUACUACUAAUCUAGUCAUCAGGUGUAACUUGUGUACGAGCAUUUUUUGAUUUGGCUCCAUGUUUCAAUUUCAGAAUUUCUAUCUAUUACGUAGUAUUUUUUUUUUAAUCGAAUUUUUUGUUUACUCCGUAAUAUCAAACGGGUUAGGUUGUGGUACACUUAAGUAUGAGUAACUUUGUUUUCGUCUCUAUGCUCUAUAGACAACAUGUAAGAUACAAUAAAAUACAUAUGACCCGACCUUAAAAAAACAUUAAUUGUCAAGAGUGGAGUGUAUUUUACAUUACAUUUGAGAAAAUAAGAAUGUAUUAGUCUGAUAUUUAAAAUUUUAUUUUUCAUCAUUAAAAUUUUUGUUUGUUAUAUUGAAAUUUCUAAGC